AUGCAAAUAAAUAAAAAGCACUGCGGUGUUCCCCUGGUAGAAGCAGAGCAGGUGGGCGUUUUCCUGCAGCAGCAGCAGCAGCAGCAGCAGCAGCACGUGCAGCAGCAGCAGCAGCAAGUGCAGCAGCAGCAGCAGCAAGUGCAGCAGCAGCAGCAGCAGCAAGUGCAGCAGCAGCAGCAGCAGCAAGUGCAGCAGCAGCAGCUGCUGCUGCUGCUGAAGGAUGCCGCAGCUCGGCGUAGCAGCAAAUGUUGA